GUCGGGUAGUUCAUUGCUUGCACACAGCCAGAGUUUUAAACCUCUGCACCCCUGGAAUUAAGGUAUUUGUUUAUAUAGUUGCACAAUGUAAGGUCUAAAGUUUGCAUGCCAUGGCACCUCCAUGACCCCUCACGUGCACUAGCUCACUCUCUCAGACACUCACACAUUCGCGUAAACACAUGACCGCUGGCUUUGAGGACUAAUCGAAAUGGAGCGCUGUGUCUCACAAAGCUGCUCUGCAGGAAGCUGCCAGUUACCAAGGCAUGACAGUUCAGAUCAGCUGCAGUUGGUGUGUUGUCAAAACAAAAGAGAGAUGGAUAGUAUUACAUGUUUUAAAUGGUAGAGGAGUGAAAGUGAUGAAGAGUGCAGUGGGGAGUUCAGAUGUGUUUUGACACUUAAUAGUACAAAUAUUGCAAGUAAUUGGAGACUGUAAAUGAUAGUUUGCUUAGCGGCAGUACAAAUUAUGAAGUAUAGGAUGAUGUUUGUUUUUAUGAUGUGCACUUAUACUUUUAAAACAAGAACCUAGUUGUAUUAGAUUUAAAUUAUUUAUUUGGUAAGUGUUAUUAAAAACGUUUUGUAUUAUUUUUGAAUGUCUUCCCUUUGCCUUCCACGGUGGUUUAAGAUGGGUGCCUAUUAGGAAGACACUCCCACUGCUUGACUAUUUAAGUCCUAGGUUCCCUGGACCACCAUUCACCAGCCAGCCCAACCACUGGCACGCAUUUUAUCCAUCCCCUUCAGUGUCUAAUUAGACAUCGUCUUGAUCCACCUGGGCUGCGCCACCUACGGCUACCGUCCCCCCCAACCCCGCCUCCGUUCUGAGCCUCUCACCCACUGACAUCAUGGGAGACGUAGUACAGAUGCACUUCACCACGCCGGACUAUGUGAUCUUCGCCCUGCUGCUGGUGGCGUCCACGUGCAUCGGCCUGUUCUACGCCCUGUCCGGCGGGCGCCAGCGCACCACACAGGAGUUCCUAUUGGCCGACCGUUCUAUGAGCUGCCUGCCCGUGUCGCUGUCACUGCUCGCCACCUUCCAGUCAGCCGUGGCCAUCCUGGGAGCGCCCUCUGAGAUCUACACCUAUGGAACGCAGUACUGGUUCCUGGGAGUCUCCUACUUCCUCGGUCUGCUUAUCCCCGCCCACGUCUUCAUACCUGUCUUCUACAGGCUCCGCCUCACCAGCGCUUAUGAGUAUUUGGAGCUGCGCUUCAAUAAGACGGUGCGCAUUAUGGGGACCGUGACCUUUAUCUUUCAGAUGGUGAUCUAUAUGGGGGUGGUCCUCUAUGCCCCAGCACUCGCACUCAAUGCAGUGACUGGAUUUGACCUCUGGGGGGCAGUGCUGGCCAUGGGACUGGUGUGCACCCUGUACACAACACUGGGAGGGCUAAAGGCAGUCAUCUGGACAGAUGUGUUCCAGACCAUUGUGAUGUUUGCUGGCCAGCUGGCGGUCAUCAUAGUGGGGGCCCACCAGGCAGGGGGCAUGGGAGAAGUUUGGCGGAAGGCCAUGAACGGCAGCCGCAUCGCUAGCCUGGACCUGAACCCUGACCCGACGGAGAGGCACACGUUCUGGACGCUGGGGGUGGGCGGGGUGUUCCUCAUGCUGGCGCUGUACGGGGUCAACCAGGCCCAGGUUCAGAGGUACCUCAGCUCCCGCACUGAGAGGGAGGCGGUCAUGUCGUGCUACGUGGUGUUUCCCUGCCAGCAGGUGGUGUUGUGUCUAGGUUGUCUGAUGGGCCUGGUGAUGUUUGCUCGCUAUGGUGAGGAAAGCCCGCUUGAUAAGGGCUACGUCAAAACCAAUGACCAGAUGGUGCUGUACUUUGUGAUGGAUGUGUUCAGGGACCUGCCAGGCCUCCCAGGGCUGUUUGUAGCCUGCCUGUUCAGCGGAGCUCUCAGUACCAUCUCAUCAGCGUUUAACUCCCUAGCGACGGUAACCAUGGAGGACCUGAUCAAGCCCUACUGCCCGGCCAUGACGGAGGCCAAAGCCACGCUGCUCUCAAAGGGCCUGGCGUUGGCCUACGGUCUGGUAUGUCUGACCAUGGCCUACGUCGCCUCUCUCAUGGGCUCAGUGCUGCAGGCAGCAUUCAGUAUCUUUGGGAUGGUGGGUGGUCCUCUCCUCGGCCUCUUCUGUCUUGGAAUGUUCUUCCCUUGGGCUAACUCCACUGGUGCAAUAGUAGGGUUGGUGGCAGGCCUGGCUAUGGCGUUCUGGAUUGGCAUUGGUAAUUUUGUGUCUCGUAUGGCCGUGCCCACCCCUCUGCUCCCCAUCAUCAACGCCACCACUAUGCCCCUCCGCGGCAACAUGACUACUGCUGUCAUGACAACCCUGAUUACUUCAAUCACCGCUAAACCAAAGCCUACAGGUGUGCAGGCCCUGUACAAUCUGUCCUAUUUGUGGUACAGUGCUCAUAACUCUACCACUGUGGUGAUAGUGGGACUGAUAGUCAGCCUGUUGACUGGUCCUAUGAAGGAGAAAGACCUGACCCCAGGGACUGUGUACCCUGUCCUGGGCAACCUGCUCUUCUUCCUGCCUGAACGCUACAGGGAGAAGCUGUGCUGUGUCACUCCACUGUCACACAAGCCCAAUGCUAUCAACACGCAGCCGUACCAGAUGGCUCAGGAGAGCAACGGCGUUGCCCAACACAAAGAGGAGGAGAAAACAGAGGAGAAGGAUAAGAAGGACGAGGAGAGGGUCUCCCCUCAGCCUUCCUGCCGACUGGCUCACACAGUGCAGGAGACGGCCUUGUAACAGACCCCCCACCCCCCCCUGCACACAUGCCCCACCAC